CCCAGUUCUUCCAAGGCGAUGUAGCUCUCUACCAGCAGGAGUAAUGAAACUGGGAGAGGAGAGGAGAGGAGAGGAGAGAGGGGAGGCAGGAGGGAGAGGAGCAUUUUCCGCAGCUCAGCGCCGAGACCGCAGAGGACAAACACAAACUUUCAGACAGCGGUCUGAAGCGUCGGAUCCCCGCUUUCAUCUAGGAACCAACCACGGCCUCCCUCUCUUUCUCAAACGUGACUGUUGUUGUUUUUGGUUUUUUUGAAAUCUCCCAUUUUUGACGCAAUAUCCCUGGAAGUGAUUUAUUAGGCAAUGGUGAAACGGGACAGAUUUCGCGCAAUCCGCGCUUUUACCUGCGUCUUCCCCACAAACUUCCCCCCGCAGAGAGAGAGCUGAGCUGGAUCUGCUUCGUGCCUCCAAGUACAUUAGCCAGAGGGAUUUCCUGCGAGCCGCCAUCAUUCCUGCCUCGAAUAAUGUUGGGGCCCGCUCACCAUAACGGCCCCGAUCGCUUCUGACCCAGAAAUGGAGCUGAAGGUCUGGGUGGACGGCGUCCAGAGGGUCGUGUGCGGGGUCACAGAGGCAACCACCUGCCAGGAAGUGGUGAUUGCUUUGGCCCAGGCUAUAGGUCGCACGGGGAGGUACACUUUAGUAGAGAAAUGGCGGGACACGGAGCGCCACCUAGCCCCUCACGAGAGCCCUGUGGCCUCUCUAAACACUUGGGGUCAGUAUGCUGGUGACGUGCAGCUAAUCCUUCAUCGCACGGGCCCCUCGCUGACAGAACGCCCUCCCUCAGAGGGCCCCCCUCUUAGGGGUCCUGAACGGGGGCUUUAUCGUCAGAGUCUGCCUCCUCUUGCCAAACUUCGCUAUCCCAACGAUGGCUCUCUCCGCCGGCGCGAGCCGCGCCGCAAGUCCCUGACCUUCACCGGUGCACCGAGGAGCCUGAGGGAGAUCCUGAGCGGAGGCCGCAUCAGUGAGGCCGAAGGUAAGCGAAGACUUCUCCUUGGUAACGGCGGGAAUCACCACCAUGCGGGGCCGGCCUUUGGGACGGCUUCCCCGGGCCUGUGGACCUGUCGCAUGGAAGAUCUGGUCAGACUGGUCAGUCUGCAAAGGGAGACUCUGAAUGUGCUGGAGAAAAAGCUGGAGGCCUAUGAGGCCGAGCUCCAGGCCUGGUCCGAGGGCCGAGGACGACGGGGUGCCGGGUGCGCUGCCGAUCUGGGUAGAGGAGGAGGGCUGUUGGAGGAGAUCCUGAGGCUGGAGAAGCACCUCAGGAAGAAUGAGGUGGAAAUGGAGGAGGAAGAGUUUUGGGCCACUGAGCUGCAGAUUGAGAUGGAGAGCGAGAGGCAGCUGGAGGAACGACUGCAGGAGCUGCGAGGGCGGCUGCAGGGCUGCGAGAUGGAAAUUGAAGAAAAGCUUGGAAUGUUAAAGGGGGUAGAAGCAGGCCUCGAAGAGGAGAAGCUGCAGAGAGAGCGCCAGGAGACCCAGUGGGUGAGUGAGGCUGAGGCUCGGGCUCAGGCCCUCCGGGUCAAGGCGGAGUUGAAGGCCCAAGAGAGACAGACCAUCCAGCUGGAGAGCAGCUGCAGGGCUGUGGACAGAUCGCUCGGACAAAGCAGUAAGAAACUGCAGGACAUGCAGCAGGAGCUGGAGCAGCUGACCAAGGAGCUGCGGCAGGUGAACCUGCAGCAGUUCAUCCAGCAGACUGGAACCAAGGUCACAGUUCUGCCGGCUGAACCAACCGAGGAGGACUGUGCGAACAGCAGUUCUGGUACAGAUUUGGCGGCCCUGACGGGCUCGCUGAAGCGUCCCAUGUCGACCCAGCCUGUGUCCAGCCACCUUCGUGUCCUCGCCAACCCUCUCAGCUCUGGCCUGAACCCAGAGGGGAUCUACGUUUGACCCCCCCCCCCCCCCAGAACUCACCCUACGCAGCACAUCCCUGCAGCUCCAGACUAUGCAUCCUUUGAACCCGGUGGCAAACUUUAGUGUGAAGUGUGAAGAUACGGUGAGCAUACGGUCUCGGACUGGAAAUGAUUGAGCACUGGCCCUGAAGGGAACACCAGUUUGUAGUGAUGGACAACAAAAACCACUGCACCCUUUGGAAUGGUGCACCCUCUCUUCUCAUGUCUCUCCCAAACAUCUGGCUGUUGUGGACAUCAACAUAUCCACUUAUUGUACUUUCACUUUACUACCUGCUGAAUGAUUUGUAUGCAUCUUUUUUGCCUUUUAGAAAGUGACCAUGAGAGUCUUCUUCGAUUAUGUGCGUUUCUCUCUCCAGCAAAGCGUCUUAUUCUUAUUGAAGUGAAGGAUCCACUUGUCUCUGUAGUAGAACUGUGAACAAUCUCUCCCUGUGCUCAGUUGGCUCAAGUUAAAACUAUGCACAAAUGGUUCAUGUUUUUUUUUUGUUACUGAAUGUUUCUGUGUGUACUUACCAAAAUGAAGGCUUACUGUAGAUGUUUGUACUCUUUAGCUUUAUUCAGUGAGUGCAUUUUAUUCUAAAGGUGUGCAUUCCUGCAGCCGUGGCUGCAUAUUAAAGCAGUGUUAACUCUCCUUUUUAGCUGUAUUUUUGUUGCUCGAUGGCAACAAAGUAAAUAUAUCUAUAUUUUCCGAAUGUAUUUUAUGCUCGUUUUAUCUUACGGAUUGCGUGUGGCCAAAGAUCGUUGCUCGUUGCAUGAUUGUGUCGGCCAUCUUUGAAUGUGCAGAGAGUACUCAAAGCUGUAGGGGUCGACGUGGCAACGGCAGUCAUAAAGCGGACGGUCACGGCUGCAAUGUGAAGUAAGAGCGCGAGCCUGUCAUUGCAGCAGCUCGUCUGCGUUCGUCUGCAUGCGCGCACACGUAGUCAGAACUUUGAAGGUUUGAAGCACUUCUUAAAUCGUCGCAUAUAUGACAGUGAUUCAAGAUAUUUGCCUGUGUGUGUGUGUGUGUGUGUGUUUGUGUGCGUGCGCGUGCAGAAUAGCCAAGUUGCGAAGCUUCACUUAGGUUGUAGAUAAGCUGCUAAACACAUCCAAGUGCCUUAUCCUCAUUCCAUUAACAGUGUUUCCAGAUACAGCACAGAGGAGGUUUUUACGGAGGGCGUUGAAGGAAAAAUCAGGAAUAGUCAAGAGAAAAAAAAAAAAAAAACCUGUAGAAAUCAGUGCCGGUAUGCAACAUGAGGAAAGGAAACUACACCAUUUUUUACAAAUGUUUUGUAGGAAUGUCAAAGCAAACAAGAAACCUCUGUCCUUUGCCGCUGUAUAGUUAUCAUAAAACCACAAGCAACAAUUAAGGUGUUUUUUUUUUUUUUGGUUGUUUUUUUCUUCGUUUUUUUUUUUUUUUACAUUCAACACAUGUACUGUACUUUGGAUCAGAACUUUCACGUUGUUGUGGUCACUGUUUACAACUUCAUAUCUUCUAGAGCUCCAAUAAGAUGUCAACUUUAAAUAACUUGUUUUGUUUUUCUUGCCUUAAUCUACUGCAAAUUGUGGCCAGUUGUGUAUGGCUGUAACAGAAUGCAGAUAUGACAUGGAUUGCAUGGUUCAAUAAACCAUCGGAAUAAAA